AUGCUAGAUCCUACUUUGCUUCUUCAUUCGAAUUUUCUUUUUUAUCAGAUUUACGUGGAGCGCAUUCGAUCCCUCUUCACAGUUAACGCUCAGUCGUCGUCGGUGAUGGAUCUUCCGCACGAGGUGGUGUACCACCACCACCUCCCUGUCGAUGCCGAAGAAGAUAUGCGAAUGAUGGAGGAUCAGGUAGAAGCGCAAAUGGAUGAUAUUGAAUACGGGGGAGAUGUCAGUAUGGAAGGUGCGUUGGCAGAACCACGUGCAGUUCACCAGUGCAACAUCUGCAACAAAAUUUUUGUGUCAUUUAAAGGUUUACAACAACAUGCUGUGAUACAUACAGAUCAGAAACCGUACCAGUGUGAUAUUUGCGGGAAAUCGUUCAGGUUCAAAUCGAAUUUGUUUGAACACCGUUCAGUCCAUACGGGUUUCACACCACACUCUUGUCCGUAUUGCGGGAAAACAUGCAGGUUGAAAGGGAAUCUUAAGAAACAUUUGAAGACUCAUGUCACUUCAAAGGACGAGCUUGAGCGAGCAUGGAGGCCAUUUGCAUGUAAUCGCCGCCCAGCAGCGGACAUUCCUGAUGAUGCCAUCAUAGUUCGAGGCACCGGUGAUCCAUUCUUCACUCCGCCAUCACGUCCUCGCAAAAAGAAACUGGGUUUAGGUCCAGAUCCUUCAGCUUGGAUUGAUAAGAUCAGACGAGGAGAAAUUUUGCCUGGAACUAGUCUUCAAACUAAGAUGAUGAGGCUGGAGACGGUACUGAAGAACAAUGAGUUUUCCUUGGAAGAAAUUUUCGAACAAGCGAGGACGAUCGCUUUCGAGAAAUUUGAUUGCCCGAUGUGUAGAUCACAAUUCUUCUCAAGAGCAGAAUGCUAUGAUCACUUGGAAAUCGAACAUCCCAUGGCCCGAAUAGAAAGGCCAUUAUUUUGCGAGAUUUGUUUAAAAGUGUUCGCCGAUCGGAAAUCACUUGAACAACAUGAGAGCUACCACAAGCGAGUGCAUUUAAUGAUAGAUAACAACGAAAUUGAGUUCACUGAUCCGGAGAUAUUAUUGCCGGAAUCGUGUGACUUCGACGAAGAGGAUCUGCAAGGAGUUCCGGUUAUUCAUUAA